GAAGUAGUUUUGCCAUUCUCUCAUAUUUUUCAUUCAAAAGUCUCUUUUGACCACCACCACCACCUUCCACCUUCUACCCUUCUUCCUCCUCCCUGCUUCCUUCUUUCCUUUCUCCUAUUUCUCUUUCUCUCACGCACACAAUCAUCCACUCUACGCAUAAACCUCUAAAUUCUCUUUCUCUCUAUGCUAAUCAACCACUGAAUGCUAACAUCUUCUCAUCUCUCUGCCAUUCUUCUAUAAUGGGCAUCUGUUUUUCAAGCACCAAGGUCAGCGGCUCCAGCAGCAACAACGCUGGUGCUUCCAAUCGCAACCGCAAAUUCUCGGAGCCGCUGCCUGCGCAGGGGGAGCCCGUCGUGCAUAAGCAACAGUCGUCGCAUGGUCAACGGCGGCGCGAAGAAUCGCGGAAGCCCCCACGCACCAAGGAGAAAGCGAACGUGCGUCGCCCGGGGGGGACACUGCCUUGCGGAAAGCGCACGGAUUUUGGAUACGAGAAAGACUUUGACAAGAGAUUUUCGCUCGGGAAGUUGUUGGGACACGGCCAAUUCGGUUACACUUACGUUGGGAUAGACAAAGCAAAUGGGGAUCGUGUCGCCGUUAAGAGACUCGAGAAGAACAAGAUGGUUCUCCCUAUAGCGGUUGAGGAUGUUAAGCGUGAAGUCAAGAUAUUGAAAGAACUUACAGGCCAUGAAAAUGUGGUUCAGUUCUACAAUGCUUUUGAGGAUGAUUCAUACGUGUACAUAGUUAUGGAGUUAUGUGAGGGUGGAGAACUGCUAGAUCGGAUAUUGGCCAAGAAGGACAGUCGUUAUUCUGAAAAAGAUGCAGCUGUGGUUGUAAGGCAGAUGCUUAAGGUUGCGGCUGAGUGUCAUUUACAUGGGUUGGUUCAUCGAGACAUGAAACCAGAGAAUUUUCUUUUCAAAUCAACCAGAGAAGAUUCACCUUUAAAAGCUACAGAUUUUGGUUUGUCUGAUUUCAUAAAGCCUGGGAAGAGGUUUCAAGACAUUGUUGGCAGUGCUUACUAUGUUGCACCAGAAGUGUUAAAACGAAAGUCAGGUCCUGAGUCAGAUGUAUGGAGUAUUGGUGUGAUUACAUACAUAUUGCUUUGUGGGAGACGUCCAUUUUGGGAUAAGACAGAGGAUGGUAUCUUCAAGGAGGUCUUACGGAACAAGCCUGAUUUUCGGCGGAAACCAUGGCCAACCAUAAGCAAUGCUGCAAAAGAUUUUGUGAAGAAAUUGUUGGUAAAAGAUCCCCGUGCAAGAUAUACUGCUGCUCAGGCUCUAUCACAUCCAUGGGUUAGAGAAGGGGGAGAGGCAUUAGAGAUGCCUAUUGACAUAUCUGUCCUGAACAACAUGCGACAGUUUGUGAAGUAUAGUCGGUUGAAACAGUUUGCACUAAGGGCAUUGGCCAGCACACUUAAUGAAGAAGAGUUGUCUGAUCUGAAAGAUCAGUUUGAUGCAAUAGACGUGGACAAAAAUGGUUCUAUCAGUCUUGAAGAGAUGAGACAGGCUCUUGCUCAAGAUCUCCCUUGGAAAUUGAAAGAAUCACGUGUGCUAGAGAUAUUACAAGCGAUAGACAGCAACACAGACGGGCUAGUGGAUUUCUCCGAGUUUGUAGCAGCUACAUUACAUGUACAUCAGUUGGAGGAACAUGAUUCUUUUAAGUGGCAGCAACGGUCACAAGCUGCUUUUGAGAAAUUUGACUUGGACAAGGAUGGCUACAUUACUCCAGAUGAACUUAGAAUGCACACGGGUUUGAGAGGCUCCAUUGAUCCAUUGCUUGAGGAAGCCGACAUUGAUAAAGAUGGAAAGAUCAGCUUACCAGAAUUCCGCAGACUUUUAAGAACUGCAAGCAUCGGUUCUCGAAACGUGUUGAGCCCGAAUCGGUUUCAUCGAAAGAUGUAGAUUAGAUGUGUUUGAUUGACUGAGAUAGAUAACUGAGGAAAAGAGAAUGAUGAUUUUCCUCUAAGAUGAUCUGCUUUGCCAUUUAUGGUGAAGCCGUUGUUGUGCACAUUUUGCUGUGUAUGGAACUCUGAAUCUACAUCUGUGGCAUAGAACACAGCAGAAUAGUGUUAAGGUUAGCGUUGAGGAGCAUAUGCAUUAGUGUGUGGAUUAUUGAGUUGAGGUAUCAGAGUUACAUCAGUGUACAUCAUUUAAGUUCAAGGCUUUUCUGGGCCUGUUUGUGUAAUUCUUGUAAUGUGUAAUACUGUAAUUAUAAAUAAAAAAUUCUCAUACUGAAAUUUAAUAUAUACAAAAAGAAGUUAUUUGGUUAGUUAC